AUGGCGCUCGCAACGCGUCUUCAGCAACCAAUCGAAGACAAAUCUCCAAGUGACAUAACGUUAAACCUUUCAUCAUUGCAGUUUGAAAGUGCAUUAGAUCAAGAUGAAAAGGAACUCCAAUACCUCAGGAAGCGGGCACAUGCGUUGACAGUGACGUCAUGCGCACAGGCUACUUAUCUGGUGUCCAUUUUACAUGAAGCAAGACAAUUAAAAACCUGUUUAAAAAAUCCACAAAAGAGAUCAACUAGAAUUUUACAAGAUCAGAGCUCUAGGGAUCCAUUAAAAAUUGGCAUUCUAGGAUGUGGUAGAUUGGGAAGUCAGUUAGCUCAUAGCUUUAUAACAUAUGGGAACAUUAAUCCAAAAGAUAUUAAGAUCUCCACAAGAAGACCAGAAACAUUAGAAUAUCUGUUAACAAAAGGAGUUGACUGUUUCCAUGACAACAUAAAACUAGUGACAACCACACAUAUUGUAUUUCUGUGUGUAUUACCAUCACAAGUACCUGCCAUUGCAGAUGAAGUAAAAGCAGAAAUUCCACAAACUUUAUUUCUAUAUAGCUUUGCCAGUUCUAUAACGGCUAGAAAACUGCGGCAGUUGUUUGGUACAACAAAUAUUAUUCACCCGGACUAUACCUGGGAUCUAAACAGUAACAAUGAUGACUGGGACUUUUCAAUAAAUGUGAACACUGCACUUGAAAAUAUAUCCAUAGUUUCAACAACAUGUCCUCUAAGAAAACAAAAAUCUGUGAUAACAACAAGUCCAAAGGUGGCAGAGCUGAUGAUAUUUGUGUUUGUAAAUAUGUGUACUCACCUCAAGUUGAACAAACAUGAUGUUUUGGAGCUAUUACACAUUGUGAUGUUCAACAACACACCAGAAUGUCGCCUAGAACUCAAUGAUUUCAUCAGGAAAUCUGCUGACAAAGAUGAAAUGUUCCCACCGUUUGAUUUGCUUAAAGUAUUAGAGAGCAAUACAGCAGUUUUGAAGAGGUUGAACCAGUAUGAGGGACUUUAUGAUGCAUUUGUUAACAAAUACAACCAUAUAUUUGAGGACUAUUUGAAACAAAAACUUUACAAUGAGAUGUAUGGAACAUAGUCCUGUAAUUUACAAUUUUAUGCAGGACACGAAAAUAUAACUUGUCCAUACAUACAAUGGAAUUUAACAUUGUUUUUUCAAAUACAUAUAUACAGAUGUAAAGACUCUCGUUAGUUAAGAUGUUAAAGGUAAAGUUUCACAAAGACCUGAAAUCUUGGAUUAUUUUCUGAAUUAUACUAAGGUCAGUGGCUUUGUAAAAGUCAAAAUGUUUGUUUAUUCUGUGCAUUUACCAACUCACAAUGAGCUGAACAAUAUGUGAAAAGUAACUUACACUUAUGUUAAUUCUGUUUUAGAACAUUAUUUUAAAGCUUUUAACUCAAUAGGAAUUUGUUCCUAUCCAAUUUAUGCACUAUACCUUUUUUUAAGCCCCAUUUGGAAAUAAUAAAAUGUUGACAUAAAUAUCAUGAUAAACUUUGCUAAAAUAUUGAUGCAAAUGUUAUAAAAUAUAUGAUAAAAUCAAGA